GACUGCAGCAGCUUCACAUCAUCAGUCCUCCAGGAUUUAAUAUUCUACAUUUAUAUAAAGAGGAUUCAAAACAAGAAGAAGAAGAAAAAGAAGAGUUUUUAUUUUUCUGUUUUUGUGUCGGAGCUGCUGAUGUUUGUGUUUCUGAUGAUUUGGAUUUAAACUGAACAAACAUGAAGAUGAUGAUGAUGAUGAUGAUGCUGCUGGGACUCUGCUGCUCAGGUGUGAGUGGAGCCUCAGAGCUGGCGUUCCUCAAAGAGCCCAGUGAUGUCAUCGCAGCGAGGGACCGCCCCCUGAUGCUGGACUGUCAGGUGGAGGGUGAGGGGCCGAUCUCCAUCACAUGGAGACGGAAUGGUGUCCCCGUGCCGAUUGGUGUCAAGGCGACCGUGCUCGCCAAUGGCACGCUACUCAUCAGGAACUUCUCCAAGAGACGGGAGAGCAACGAGACAGACGCUGGCGAAUACGACUGUGCUGCUCAGAACCGCUAUGGCAUGCUGAUCAGCCGCAAGGCCCGGGUCCAGAUCGCAUCCCUCCCUAAGUUCCUGUCUCACCCAGAGUCUGUGGCAGUCGAUGAAGGGGGCGUGGCCAGACUCACCUGUCAGGUAAAUGGAAUCCCAGAAGCCAACAUCACCUGGCAGAAGGACCGGAGCCCACUAAGCACCGACGACCCCAGGUACACUCUGCUGCCUAACGGCGUGCUGCAGAUCACCGGCGUUCGGCGAACAGACAGCGGUUUGUUUCGCUGUGUUGCCACCAACAUCGCCAACACUCGAUACAGCCAUGAGGCCCAGCUGUCUGUCACCGUUGCAGGAUCCAGGAUCUACAGAGAACCCGUCAUCCUGUCCGGUCCCCAGAACCUAACCAUCAACGUCCACCAGACCGCCAUCCUGGAGUGCAUCGCCACGGGAAACCCCCGCCCCAUCGUGUCCUGGAGUCGCCUCGACGGGCGGUCCAUCGGCGUGGAGGGGAUCCAGGUGUUGGGGACAGGAAACCUGAUGAUCUCUGACGCCACGCUGCAGCAUUCAGGAGUUUAUGUUUGUUCAGCAAACAGACCAGGAAGUAGAUCCAGAAGAACGGCACUGGGACGCCUCGUAGUCCAAGCUCCUCCAGAGUUCGUGCAGUGGCCUCAGUCUGUCUCCAGACCAUCAGGGGGCAGCGCUGUCUUCAGCUGCACGGCGACCGGCGCGCCGGAGCCGCACCUCAUCUGGCUGAAGAACGGCAAACUGCUGACACCCAGCGGCAACGUCAAACUCACCAACGGAAACACGACUCUGGCCAUUACCCGGAUCACCCCCGAGGACGAGGCCAUCUAUCAGUGCAUCGCAGAGAACAGCGCCGGCACCAACCAGGCCAGCGCCCGCCUCGCCAUCAGCCAGGGGCCCGAGCUGCCCGAGGCCCCCACUGGCCUCCGCGCCUCGGCCCUCAGCUCCAGCAGCCUGCAGCUGAUCUGGGAGCAGCCGUCAGAGCGCGUCAGCCAGCAGAUUAUAGGAUACGUCCUGCACAUCAGAAGACUGGGAGAGCCGGACAGUGCAGAGCUGCAGGAGGCCGUCAGUAAGACCACCUUCAGUCACGACUUCAACAACCUGGAACCUGCCACCACCUACUCCAUCUACCUGAAGGCGUACUCCGCCCUGGGAGGAAGUCAGCAGUCCAGCACCAUCACUGCCACCACACAGGGGGGCGUUCCCAGUUCUCCCAGUUUCUUCACUAAGGUCUUGAACCAGACGGCCAUGCAGGUGUACUGGGAGCUGCCCAGUAAGCCGGGGAAGCUGGAGGGCUUCAGACUGGAGUACCGCGGGGUCUCCAACCCAGACGUCCAUGGACAGGAGACAUUCCCAGGACACAUCAACACCCACACCAUCUCCCACCUGGAACCGGCAGCAGUUUAUGAGAUCCAGCUGGUGGCGUUUAACGGGAACGGAGACGGUCCGUCCAACCGCCGCCUCGUGUCUCUGGCUGAGGGAGGAAACACUGCAGCAGAUGGUCCCAGCUGUAACUGCGAUCAGUCUCACGGCUCCGUGUCCACUCUGCUGGUCGGCGUGCACAGCGGCCUCGCCUGCAUCCUCUGCUGCCUGCUCCUUGUCCUGUUGGGAUACAGACGCAGUUUCUUCUGCAGGAAGUCAGCGAGCUGGGAGACUCCACGCACCCUGAAUGAUGUCAGAGGUGCUAAAGGGCACACACCUGAGAACAUCGAGCUGAACCAGAGAUGUGACUCCACCCCUCCCCCAGUGAUGGUCAUGGUUGAACAAACUCCACCCGUCCAACCCGGCACAGGCACAGGCACCGGAUAAAAAAAUACACUCUCUCCUCCUCACCUUCCUCCUCCUCCUCUUCCUCCUGAGCUCCAGCCUGUGGGCGCCUCCUCUCCUCCUGACAGCCUUACAGCCACUUCAGCCUUUAUGAAUGACUGAGAGUAGAGUUUAUCUUUGAGAAUAUUGAGAUGAGAGAUGAUGAGUCUGUCUAAGGAGCAUCCAGAGAGCAUCUGAUACCACAGGGGAACAAAAUACUUCGCAGCACCCCGAGAUACCUCACAGUACCAUGAAAUACUUCACAAGAUCACAAGAUUCUUUACAGCGCCAUGAAAUACUCCACAGAUGUCCACUACUUUGAAUUCAAUUCAUGAUAAUUUCGUCUUCAGACUGAAACCAAAGCUGAAUUCUGAUUCCAGAAUUUGUCAGUAACUUGAAGUCGGAGGUCACAUGACUCUGGCUGUUUCCUGUGUGGUAUCAGAUGCUGAUGUCACUGUUGUGGCUUCCUAGAUGCUUCCUGUUGAAACCAAAACCUUUUUUCUUCAGUUCGGGGUCAUUUUGAGUUUGUCACCAUCGGUGCCAAGUUUUCUGAGACGAUGAGGCCUUCCACCGGUCUGACCAGAGACAGGGUCCUUGGAGGAUCCACUGCGGGUGGGUUCACCUGAGUAGGUGUCACUCGCUGGUCCUCUGAGGCCCAGAGCCAAAGGGAUGUAUUAUUUCUCUGGUCAGCAGGUGACUGUAGAGGACUCCCCUCUGCGAUGCUUUAGCCUUUUAAUGUUUGUUUGUCUCACCGAGUUCGCCUCAGAUCAGGAUGUAGAGGAAGCCCACAGUCCGCUGGUUGUUCUCCCCCUUCCGUCCCUCCCUCCCUCCUGUAACACCUCCACCAAACUCUUUACCUCCAAAGAGAGCUACCUCGGGCUCAACGCCAAACGCCUGAGCUACAGGCGACUGUUAGCCUCCUGUUGCUGGUCAAGCUAACCUACCUCUUAACCAAAAGCCUCCUCUGGGGCCACUUUGCCAUUUUUCUACCUUUAUGUACCAAUGCCGAUGUCCUGUGCUGGACCGUCACCCAGAAGCCCUUUGAACUCUGAAUGUUGCUCGCACGAACCCUCCAACGAUGGAUUGGUCCAUUGUUGUCUUCCUCAAAGACAAGAUGGCGGAGGGAAACCACAGAAGAUCUCAGCUAUCUUUGAUUGUGACUCAUGACUGACGCUUUGCUUCCUGACUCCAAGAACUUCCUCCAGUGCUGCUUCCAGGGCCCAAAAACCUGAUUCAGAUUUGAACUUCUACAUUAGACAAAACUCUGUCUUUGAUCUUAAAUUAAAAAAGAUUCAGUAACCUCCACAAUGAUCAUACCUUCUGAGGCGCAAAAUCUGCUCCAGAUCUGAGAGUUCAGCGUAUAAAAAUCCUCUGGAUAUGGACCAUAGUCCUGACUUUCAACACCUUCCUUGGAUCUUAUCCUCUGUAGCAGAAUACCAACAUGCACAAAGUCUUAAUGUCAGCCAUGUCCGAGGUUUGAAGGUCCAAACACCUGCUCCAGAUCUGAGCUUUAAAGGUUUAAAAGUAGUUGGGUUUCUGAAACGCAAUGACAGUCUAUAGUCCUGUGCUUUAAUAUCUUAUCCUCUCCAGCAGAACAACCUGCACAAAGUCUUCUUUCAUCCCGGCAAUGUCUUACUUCUUAAAAAUGCCGUAUGUAACUCUGGAGGAAAAUAGUUGAUUGUUGAGUCUCAUUCCCAGGUCGUCAAAUAUAGAUGCUUUGGGGCUACCCAACCCAAAGCGUCAGUAUUUGAUGAAUGGGGAAAGAGACUUAACAAUCAACUAUCUUUCUCUGGAGGUAUAUAUGGCACCAUGAAGGUCCAAAAAACUGCUCCAGAACUCUAGAAUAUAUAAAGUCUAUAAAUUUUCUGGAUGUUGCAUGUUUCUAAAGUCCAACAACUUUGUAGCCCAAAGUCUGAGUAACCUGCUGUAGAGAUCACUCUAAAGAGCCCAAAUACAUGACCACAGGCCUGACCUUCAGCAGUCCAGAAACCUGAUUCAAAUCUCAGGUUUCAGGUCCCAAAGUCUUAUGCCAAUUGUUAAAUACCUUGCACAACAUUGUCUUCCUUUAUCUAUCCCAGUCUGGGAAUCUGCUCCAAAUUUUAUUCUGCCCAAAGUCUGAUAUUUAGGGCUAUAUUCGCCUUCCCCACAAUGAACCACAUCUCUGACCUCUAACAAGCCUCAAGAAAUCUGAUCCAGAUCUUUUCCUCCACAGAUAAAUAACUUGCAUGAGAUCUGAUAUUUCAGGGCAGAACUGUUAGCUUCUAAAUUUCCUUCUGUACCCCAAAAACUGUCCUGACCUUCAGCAGUCCAGAAACCUGAGCUAGAUCCUCCUCCACCAGUAAAUGAUCUGUUGAACUGUUUGGGUCCUGAAGUGCACUGGAGAUGUUGGAGAAUGAACCUUUGACUGCAGAGGAGAAGUUUGAUUGUUUGAUGCAGGCUGACUGAGGUCUGCAAACAAAGAGUCUGUCAGAAGCACCUGUCCUGGUCUUCAUGGAGAUGCCUCCUCCUCUGCAGACGUCUCACCUCCACCUGAGAAGAAACAUUGAGGAGUUCAGUGUCAGUUGACACCUGAGAGACAAACAGGUGAACAUGGAAAGUUUGGACACUGUGGACGUCUCAGUGUGGACGUCCUGGCCCUUUUCUGUCCUGAGUUUUAAAUAUAAGUUUUAAUUUUUUUUAUUUUUGCAGAGGCGGCCACUUCCUGUCACCUGCCUGCAGGUGUGCGCAGCCUCGUCAGCCAUGUUUGAAUUGACCUCAUAUGUCUUAUAAUGCCUGAAAGUAACUUCUAAACUUUCCAGUAGAUGAACAUCAGCUUUCUGUAGAGUUUCAGCCAAACUUCCAAAUAUUCUUUAAAACAAGCUGAACGACGCCCAAAGAUAAAAAUAGUUUUCACCGUUUUCUGUUCAAACUGUUUGUUUUCACUCUGUUCUCUGUUUACAGAGUCGAAGAACAAACAAAACCAAAAGAAAUACUCUCUUUCACAUUUUAUACCUCAGAUAAACAGUUAGAAAAGGAGAAGUGAAUUUAUAUUUUCAUAUAUUAUAUAUUACAUAAAGAGCUCCAUGUGUCAGGAUGAGUUAAAAAAAUAGCCAAAUAACUGAAUGAUAGAAACACUUUGACCAAAAGCUCCAUAAAUAUAAAUAUUACCUCAGUUCUUUGUGUUUUGAGCCACAGACAGUCUGUGUGUUCAGUUUGUGGUUGAAUGUCUUUACAGCUUCUGUCUCUGAUACUGACAGUGACCCUGAGACCCCGAGACCCCCAGACCCCGAGACGCUGAGAUCUACAUUUACAGUAUUUUAAAGUAUUACAUGAACUGGAGUAGUAACUUUAACUUCAGCUGUUCAGUUUAGGAUAUUUUUUUCUGAAACAGAGGGAAAUGUGAACUAAUGAUGUCUUGAGACAAAAAACUUUAACAGGAAAUGUGAUGUUCAGUCUGACAAAUAUUUAUUUUUGUUAUCAGAAUACUGCUAGUUUUGUUUGUUUGGGUUAGCGACGUUAACCGAUUAACAGUUAACUGUUUAUCGGUGAACCACAGAGAAUACUUUUGACUGGUUACGGUGAGUUUAUUGGCUAAUUUUGCGACUCAGGUAACUGCACUGCGUACCAGCUGGGUCAGGUGGGAGCAAGCUAGCAGUGCUGCCCAUUUAGCGAUUACCGCUAGAAACACUGUCUCGACCCAACAGAGUUACUAUGGAAAUAUUGUGGCCACCCUCCUCCGGUGUCCCACCAGGUCACCCCAUGGAGUAUGUGACUCAAAGAGUGAGCCACAAACCCCCCUUAGCAUCACUGUUAGCUGUGUUAGCAGUGUUAGCAUGGCUAGUGGUGCUAACAUAGUUAACAGUGCUAAAGGGGGUUUUGUGGCACAAAAUGAAGCCACUUACUCACCAGGACGACCUGGAGGGCUGCUACUAUGUUUCUAUAGCAAUGUUGUUGUCCAGUGUUACCAGCGGUAAUCCAGAAUGAGCGGUGCUGCUAGCUAACUUAGCUCCCAUCCGACCCUGCUGGUGUGCAGUACAAAACGGCCAAGGCUAGUGUUAGCUAACCAGUGGAGACCAGAAGGUGGGCAGUGGGCAGUAUGUUUCAACACAGCUAAAGGUCUGUCAGCAAAGCCAAUAGAAAACAAAAUAAAAUGCACAAUAUUCACAUCACAACAUUAAAAUGUCACUUCUUUUAAAUGGACAGCGUUUUGACGUGUGGCGCUAACGCUCACUGAGUCGAUGGAGGACUGGACUAAAAGAAAAGGUCUCUUGUAUUUCACAUCAUUUUGCAAAUUUUUUGUUAAAAAUCUACCAGUUAGUUCCCGUUAAAUGGGUGUCAAGCUAUUGAAAGCAAAAUUAACUGAAACUACCUCCUUAGUUUUGAGUUUGUGAGCAGAUUAACAAGUCAUAUCAAGUCACGUCCAGUUUGGCUGUGUCUCCUCAAGUAUUAGUGAGUCCCAUAGUGUCUCAUCAAGACACAAGUCAAAUUGAGUCACUUCAGCCAGACUCACAGUCACAUUGAUGACACGCAUCAGAUCGAGUCAUGCCUUCAUGUGGAGUUUUGUUGAGUUUUACUGAGUUAAGUGUAGUCUCGAGUCAUGACAAGCCACGUUGAGUCAUGUCCAGUCUCAUGGAGUCUCAUGUCCUCCCUCUGCUCCUGUAGUUCACCUCUCUGCUGUCCUCGGGGUCAAAGGUACAAGGUCGCUGUCAGGUCGGAGUGUUUCUAAAAAUUUUAAGCAGACGAAAAUGUUUAUAAAAAUAAUGUUGGCUGUUCUUUUUCUAGAACUUUCUUCUUUCAGUUCAUUCUUAUUUUUCCAUCGCCGCCGUUCGGCAGUGAAGAGGAAAUUCUGCCAAAAUGAAAACCUGUGAAGAAGAGCAUUUAAAGUGUUUAUUAUUAUUGCUAAUAAUAUUAUGAUUAUUACCAUUUUACCUCCCUGUUUUUCUAUUGUUUGAAUUUUUCUGAUUCUUUUGUUAGUUGAAUGAUGUGAAUAUGUUUGUAGAAUUUGAGAAGUGUCGUGUUUUCAACUGAAGGUCGAGUCACUGAUUAAACUUAAUAGCCAUAUUUAAUAAUAAGCCAUACAUGUGAUUACCAAGCCAUAUUCUACAGAUGUUCAGUGAAAUUAUAUAUAAAAACCUGAUUUUUAGUUUAAAUUCAGACUUUGUCCGCCUGUCGACACGCUGUAGGAACUAAAACUAAGAUGUAGCUAUUGUAGAGACUGAAGGCUAGAACCAAUGAGAAAAGUAAUGCUUUAAUAUUUCUGAUUUCUUUUCUCUCAAAACUUUUCAUUUCAUUGAUGUGUCAUUAUAAAAAAGAAAGGAAAAAAAGCAUCCCAAAGCUUUAAAGUGCUUUAUAAACCGAACAGACGACACAGAAACAUAAAGAAGAGAUCAGCUGAAGAGUUAAACUUGGACAGUUUUUGAAUGAGAUUUGGUCGUUACCAUCCGAGCGUCACGCUGUUGAGUUUCAGUGGAUGAAUUCUUUUGUGUUUUUAAAUGUUUCACCACCUGUUCUGAUAUUUCGACACAUGAAAACCAAAUAAAACCGAAUUGGAAUAGAAA